UUGAUCUAACGGAAUUAGAUAUUUUAACGAUAAAGUAUUGUGAUAAGAAAAGAGGAAAAGAUAAAAUCAACUUUUUAAACAGACGCUGUUGCUUUCUCGAGUUUAGUUUUAUUGCUGAUCAGUUUCAAUCCAUUGUUGAGUUAUCAAUUUUAUACUUUGCAUUUCCUGAACAAAGAACGUUAAUUUUUUGUGCCGUGAUGUCAUCUUCCGAUUGUGAUGAUGAAAAUUCAAUAGAAAAGACAAAGGUAACCAAAUAUCAGGAAACAAAGCUAGAAACUGAUUUGAAAUUACUUCAAGUAAAAGAAACGAAUAGCAAUUCUCAAUCUUCCACAAGUGAGGAAGGAAGUACUGCUCAAAAGAAGUUUUCAGCCCAUAACCUCAGUCAUGAAGAAUCAACUAGAAACACAGAAAGACCAGAACCAUCAUUAAGAGACAUAUUUCCUUCAAAUACAGUUCCUUCAACGCAAAAUACUCAUAGUAUGAGAUCAACUACUGAAGCAGGUAAUUUUGAAGCUGAUGCAGCAAAUUGGAGGAGUUUACGAAGUCCUAAUCCAAAGGAAAAGAACGAAUCUAUUUCCGUUUCAAGUUCGUUAAGUUGGAGAGACCCCCACUUUAAAUAUGAAAGAUUGAAACAAAAUGAUAAUUCUUCGUCAAGAAAGUGGUGGAAUGAAGAUAUGAGAGAAAAUCGAUCUAGAUCUUUUGAAAACAAAUCGACGUAUAUUGAAAAUAGAGAUAAAUCAAAAAGCGGAAACUGGGCACUUUCCUGUGCACCUGAUAUUGUACUUGAUAAUGGAUUAACGGAAGUAGAACACAUUCAGAAGUGUGUGAAUGAACUUCAUGAACAAAAUGCGGAGUUGUUUGCUUCUCGUCAUCCUAAAGUGUUUCAGAAACCCAAUGGAACUAUUAGCAUUAACUGUUACACUUCUAAUUAUGAAGAUAAAGUACACGUUGCUAAAGUUGCAGAUAUAUUGGUUGAAAAAAUCGGAUAUUAUCCGUAUUGUUUUUUAUAUUUUUACGGAAAUAAGCCUUUGUACAUGAAGACAUGUGAAAAAGAAUUCUAUGAAUUUAAUGAAAAUAAUUUUAAAUUAAUUGAUUUCGAUGAAUGAGUUUUGCUGGUAGUGGACUUUAAUUGCAACAUAAUAACCAUAAUUCUAAACAUUUAUAAUUAUAUUUAAUUAACAUUUAUAAUUAUAACAUAAUAAUAAUUAUAAAUAUUUGCUUAAUUAUGUUCAAUACUAGUGAAUAUGAGAAUGCAUGAAGUUUUGAAUAGUUUAUUUUUUAAAAAGUUCUAAUUUUAAAAGUUAAUUUUUUAAAUACAUUUGUUGAAAAUGAAUUUUCAUUACUUCGCCAGAAUACGGUUUUCAGUUAAAAAUAUUUAGUGAUUUAGCAACUUAAUCAUAACAUUAAUUUUUUAUUGUUUUUGUUACUUUAUACCUAUUAAAAAGGAAUAAAAAACCUUUUUAACAGGUAUUUAAAGUAUUAUCUAAUUUCGAGUUUUCUAAGUAUAUUUUCAUGCUUUAUUUAUUUAAAAGAAAGCUUCAUUUCCAAUGAAAUUUCACAUAAUUUCAGGUGAUCUUUCUAAUAGUUUAAAAAAGUGCGAUGCACAAUAUUAAAAAAAAAGUUAUAACAAAUAUCCUUUAUAAAAUU